AUGUCAAAAAGAGUUGAUUUUUCUUCCAAAUCUUACUUUAACUCAUCAGACUCAGAUAAAGUUAUAAGUAGAGAAGAUUCCAUGGAUCAAUUACGAAAUUUUGAGGAAAAAGGUUACACCCCCAAAAGCACAACAAUUAAAACAGAAUUUCUUGAAAAGUUCAGAAGCGAUAUGAAAGAAGCUUCUCGAACAAUCAAAAAGCUGCGUACAGAAAACGCAAAGCUAAAAGAAGCUCUCUCAGAAUCAGUUGAAAAGUGCAAUGACCUUUAUCAACAAUCAAUAAAAUAUCACAAAGCAUUUACACAAGAACUUGAAAGGAACAAAAAGCUUGAAGAAUCUGCGAUUGAAUAUAAUUAUUCAAAGCAGCAAUUUAAAGAGUACGAAGGAGUCAUAAGUGAAAAAGACAGAAAAAUAGGAGACUUACAAAAAAAGAAUGAGGAAUUAGUUAGGAAUAUUGAAAAACUGAACCUAGAAAAUGAUAAAUUUUUCAGUGAACUUUUAAAUGCAAAUAAAUCAUUAGAAGGAGAAUUGUAUUUAGCCAACCCAGCUUUGCAUGAUGCAAAGAGCUGACAGGAAAUUUAUAUUCAGUUUGAGACUUUGAUUUCAGAAAUUAAUGACCAAAACGAGUUUUGCAGCAUUUUAAAAAAAAAUUUAGGACCUUUUGGGCUGUUUAAAGAGCUUAUUAAAGCUCAAAAAAGUGAUGAAAUAAUUAGAGUACGAGCAUGCUAUUGUCUCACUGUGCUCCCGACCUCUCCCGAGAGGGUCAGAGUUAGCUUUGCCAAUAAAUGUUGGUUAAAAACCAGCUCUAGGAAUGACAGGUCCGCCUGAUAGAAUAGAUUUGCUAUCAUGGAGCAUUUUUUAACCAACAUUUAUUGGCAAAAUCAAUUCCGACCCUCUCAGGAAAAGUCGGAGCACAGCGAGCCAAUUGUGUGCUCUCUUUAUACCAAACUUAUAAAGUUCAUAAGAGAGGCUAAUAAGGCAGGGGAAAAUAACUCAAACUCCUUAUAUUCCCCAAUUUUCACAAAUUCUAUGCAUAAAUCAAGAGCUUCUCUCUGCCUAAAUAUACAUAAUUGCAAUGAAUCCUCGUAUCGCUUGGCAUCCGAAGAGUCAGGACUAAAUUCAAAAAAUCAAAGGAAUGCCAGUACCAGCAUAAUAGGAGAAGACUCCUCCCUCCAACUCAGCAGAUUUGCCAAGCUAAACCAAGAGAUCUCUGAUCUUGUCACAAACAACACUUCUCACGUAUCCUUUCUCAAAUCUAAAGGACAAGACAAAGCCUUGUCAUUCACAAAAUCCCUUAGUUCAAGCACUUUACCAAUAAAAGAACCCCCUCAUCGAAUUAUUUCCCAAGCUUCCUUAGUGAACGAACAAACAAUGGCAAUUCGCAAAAAUUAGUUUAAUUUGUAAAAAUGAUAUUUUAAAUGCAAGAUUUUUAUAAUUUGACAAAAUUAUCUAGAGAUUUCGUUAUACUAUUUAUCUCUUAUAUAUCAAACAAUUAUUUUCGCCCACAGAGGGUGGGUUUUUUACCCGAAAAAUUAUGAUUUUUCCAAUGGUUUGGCUCGCUCACGUGGUUAGUGAAACCACAAAUCCAACCUCUCAAAUCACGAGAGAAAAAGCCUUAUCCAGACAAAAUUUAAAUAA